AUGCUGGGCUUAACCGCGUCCAACAUGUCCCGUGAAUUCUACCGGUUCACGAAGGCCUUGGGCGAGUCCAGGUCCAAGGAGGAGGAGGAGCGCAUCGUCCUUAGCGAGAUCAGCGCGCUGAAGAGCCUCUUCCUUGCGAAGGACGUGGACCGGGAGCGUAUGAAGGAGUACCUGGUACGCGCCGUUUACGUGGAGAUGCUGGGAUUCGAGGCGCCUUUCGCCCACAUCCACGCCAUUAAUAUGGCCCAGGAGCGCAGUUUGGUGUGCAAGAAAGCGGGAUACUGGGCAUGCCGACAGCUGCUCAAGCCGCACUCGGAGCUGAUGCUGCUCCUCAUCAACACCAUACAGAAGGACCUGCAGAGCCCCAACUUCCCAGACAUGGUAUGCGCGCUGCAGUGCGUCUGCGACCUCGUCAACCGCGACAUGAUACCCACCAUCCUCCCGUGCGUGUUGCGCUGCCUGGAGGUCGACAACGAGCACGUCCGGAAGCACGCCGUCAUGGCCGUCCGCAGCUUCAACGAGUUCGACAGCGCUUGCGUGGAGGAUUUUUGCGGGGUCAUCGAACGCGGUAUAUGCGACCCGAGCCCCUCGGUGAUGACCUGCACCCUGUCGCUGCUGCAGGAUGCGAUCGAGUCACGUCCUCGGGGGUAUCGUCAUCUGGUCCCGUCGCUGGUGUCGAUCCUGAACCAGAUAGUAGACAGGCGUCUCAGUAGCGCGUAUGACUACCACCGGGUGCCGGCGCCGUGGACGCAGAUCGCAAUAGUCUCGAUCUUCGGCCGGAUGGGAAAGGGCGACCGGCGGCUGUCGAGCCAGAUGUUCGAGUGCCUGCAGAACGUCGUGCAGCACGCAGAGAUGCUGCCGCCGGCCGCUUCUGUGAUAGCUAACGCUAUCAUUUACGAGUGCGUCAAGACGGUGUCGAUGAUCUCCCCGCGCGAGUCCCUGGCGACGAUGUGCUCGAUCUCCGUGUCGCGCAUGCUCGGGUCGGAGAACAACAAUCUGCGCUACGCCGGCAUCUCGGGGCUGGGGAUAUUGGUGGGCGUGAACAUGUCGUACGCGGCGGAGAACCAGCUGGUCGUGGUCUCGUGCCUCGAGGACCGCGACGAGACCAUACGCCGCCGCACCCUCGACCUGCUCUACCGGAUGACCAACUCGAAGAAUGUCACCACGAUUGUAGGAUGCUUCCUCGGGCACCUGCGCACGAAGUGCGAGCGUUACUGGCGUUCCGAGCUGGUCAGCAAGAUAUCGCUGCUUUGCGAGAAGUUUGCGCCGAGUGCGGUGUGGUACAUGGAGAUGGUGCUGGACCUCAUGAUGAUCUCCCCCGACCUCGUGAAGGACGAGUUGCUGUUCAGCACGGUUAAUGUGCUGAAGGAAAACUCGGGCGAUUUGGCUUUCCGUCGUGCUGUGCUGCGUCAGGUGGCGGACCUGGUUCGGCGAGUGGACGUGUUGCCCGAGAUGGUGGUCAAGGUGGUGAGCUGGGUGUAUGCCAAUUGCACACUCUUCCCUGAUGAUUUUGGUGAUGGUCAGGGUGAGGGUGAUGGUGAUGCUAUAACGGAUGUGUCGAAUGAUUGUGGAACAGGGGUGUCGAAUGUGGCUGAAGAUUCCGUCGCCGAUGGAGCUGUAGAUAACGAUGUCUCUGAUGUAACUGCAAAUGACGACACAACAGAGAGCAACGAAAUAUCGCAGACAAAGGAGCCACAACAGCAAUCGGAUGAUGCAACUGAAAUGGCAGAGGCUAGUCAGGUGGACGUUAGUUCCAGUGGCACUGCUGAGGAGGUGACGGAGAAUCCUGCCGACACUCCUGCAAAUGUAUCAGAUGGGACGCUAUCGACAGAGCCGUCGGGUGAACCUGAAGAGCAAGCGACAGUGGCAGGAAAUGUUGAUGAUUAUAUCGACAUUUUGCUACAGUUUGUACUGCGUUAUCGUCAGAACAAUUCUACAGUAUGCUGGGUGCUGGGAUGCAUGCGCACCCUCAUUAUCGCAAAUGAUUACAAGGCCCCAGAUGCAGUAACGUCAGUGCUGUCCCAACUGGAAUGUUCGAAUUGCACCGAGGUUACGCAGCGGUGCAAGGAGAUUCGUAGCCUCUGUGCCUUACGCCCAAAGCUCAAUUUGCGGCGAAAUGAUUACGACAGCAAGUUGACCUUCUUGGAGGGUUACGUACAGACCCGUCUUGUCGAUGGCGCUCGGCCUUACUCCAAGCUGGUUGUAGAGGUGGCAAGCGAGACCGCCCCUGAACACCCGAGCCCAGUGCCGGAGUUGCGUUUCGAACCUUAUGCUACGAAGCCGGCUCAAAUGUCGGAGUACCGCGAGACCCUGACAACAGCGGAUUUGGUGAACGAGGAGAUCAUUUGCUCCGACGUUCCCCGUAGUUGGGGUCCCUCCGGGUACGUGGACAAGAAAGCGUUGCAGGCAGAUGACGAUGGGGACACCAAAGGUGACGCACCGAUUUCCUCUGACCCGUCAGGGGUUACGGGCGCGGCGUCAACGGACUCCGACCGAAGCCGCCCGGUUGUAGUCGAACCUUCUAUUGACAUGUCUAUUCUGUCUCUCGGUGCUCGUGCACCAAAGCCUGCCGAGCCUAAGGGGUACGUGUGGAAGAAGCCUGAGCCGCGUCUCGUAAGUCGAGAGCAAAUUCAGAUGGCCCGUGCGCUGUUCCAGGGCCUCGACGGCUCUAACGAGGCUGAUGACCCCAGCACGGCGCGGAAUUAG